CGCUUCACGCCUUCGGCCCCUCCCCCGCGCGCAAGAUGGCGGCGCCCGGCGGGUCGGAGGCCGCGGCGGCGGCGGCGGCGGCGUCCGGAAGUGCUUGAGGGGGCGCCCCUCGCCUCUCGCCCCUCUCCCUCCCCGCCCAUCCCCCCUGCCUCCCGCGAGGGCGCGCACUCGGAGGAAGGGGGCCGGGCGGGGACAGGAGCCUCCUGCGGCCGCCUCGCGCGCGGUUCCCCAUCCCGUCCCAGCCUCGGGGCCGGGGACCCCCCACCUUCCCUCCCUCCUAGCCGCUCCGGGCCCCGGCCCCGGCCCCGGCCCCGGCCGGCCUCUCACCCGGCCCGUGUGUGUGUGCCUUGCCCGGCCGGCCGCUCCUGUGCCCCCCAGGUCACGGCUCUGCUCUGGGCCCCAACAACCGACCCUCGGGGGCCCGCCAUGGAGGCCGUGUACCUAGUGUUGAACGGGAUCGGUCUGGCCUUGGACGUGCUGAGCUUCGUGCUGGACCUCAACUUCCUCCUCGUGUCCUCCAUGCUGGCCGCGCUGACCUGGCUGGUGACCUUCUUCUACAACCUCCCGCACACGGUCCUGGCGGGCCUCCUGCACCUGGGCCGCGGGGCGGCGCUGUCCACGCUGGCCGUCCUGGAGAGCCUGGCCCGCCUGCUGCUGGGGGCCGCGCAGGCCGCGGGCGCCCUGCUGCGGGGCUGCUGCUCGGGCCUGGAGAGCCUCAAGGUGGCGGCACACCUGGCCUUGCACGCGGCCGCCAGGGGCAGGGAGCUGCUCCAGCGGGGCGUCCUGAGCGCCGUCUCCUCCGGCCACGCCCUGCUGCGCCAGGCCUGCGACGUCUGCGCCAUCGCCAUGAGCCUGGCCGCCUACGUGGUCAACAGCCUGGUCAACAUCUGCCUCAUUGGCACGCAGAACCUCUUCGCCCUGGGCCUGGCCCUCUGGGACUCGGUGAUGGGGCCCCUGUGCAGGGUGACGGACGUGCUCGCCGCCUUCCUGGCCCACGUCUCCAGCAGCGCCGUUGCCAUGGCGAUCCUCCUCUGGACGCCCUGCCAGCUGGUCCUGGAGGCGGCGGCCUCUGGCGCGCGGCUCCUGGCCACCUUCGUGCUGGCCAAUCUCUUCGGCCUGGCGCUGCUGGCCGCCGUGCUGGCGGUGACGGUGACCAUCCUGCACCCAGACCUUGCCAUGCGGCUGGCAGUCCGGGCGGCGGAGCAGCUUCACGCCCUGCCUUCCUACCACCGGCUCCGCGGGGACGUGGCCCGGCUCUCGCGCUUGGCGCUGAGCUCCGAGUCUUGGCGCAGGGUGCGGAGCCGCAGUCUGCAACUGGCAAGCUGGUCCGUGGGAGGAGGAGGAGCGGGAGGAGCAGGCCGCGGCGCUCCCGGAGCCCCCCAAGGGGCGCCGCGGAGGGGACCGCCCGCGAGAAACCGGGGACACGAGCAGCCUCCAGACCCCGCGCCCAGGCUCCUGCUUCGGCCAGAUGAAGAGGCAGGGACAUCCCGAGCAGCGCCUGUCCGAGGUCGGGAAAGACUCAAUGAGGAGGAGCCGCUCCCUGGCCACGACCCGUGGCAGCUGCUAAAGGAGCAAGAGGAAAGAAAGAAAUGUGUCAUCUGUCAGGACAAAAGCAAAACUGUGCUUCUGUUACCAUGUCGGCACCUCUGCUUGUGCCAGGGCUGCACCGAGAUUCUGCUGCGCCAGCCAGCUUAUCAGCGAAAUUGCCCGCUGUGUCGCCAGGGUAUUCUGCAGACCCUCAACGUCUACCUCUGAGGGCGCCGUGCCCACCCUCACUCCCCUCACCAUGGGGUUUUCUUUCCCUUGGGGAUUCAUUUUGUCAUUCCCACUGCCCUUCUCUGAGCAGGUGGGUACCAUGUAGCCCCACUGAUCCAGAGGCCAUCUGGGCUCACAUUCCAAGUCUUUGAAGCCAUAAAGACACAGAGAUUCCCCUUCUUCACCUUCUUAGGGUUACGGGAACAGAGAAGCAGACAGACUUUAGCUAGGCCAAGAAGGAAAGGGGGGACAUGAUGGCAGAUUCCCUAUGCCUUUCCAGGACCAGGAAAUUUUAGGGGUGGUGAGGACUGGAGCAUCUGUAUCACCUAUGCAAGUGCCCCUGAGGCUACAACCUCUGGGUUUCUACCCAGAUGCCAGUCUUUGUGUUGGUCCCAAAAGACCCUGAAUUUGCUUCAGGUUUAACUUUUGAGGGACCUGUUAUCAUCCCCUACCUAAGCCCUCCUGCCAGAGCAGCUCUGCCUGGCAGCUAAAAAUCAUUCAGAAGAUCUUUGACCUAUGUUACAAUCAAUUUCCUGCCUUGGGAAUUCAAAGGUAGGGAGAUGGGGGGUGGGGUGGGGGUGUCUUUCAUUUGCUGAGAGUUGCCCUUGCUCUCUCAGUAUGACCUCUUCAAUGCCCAAAAGCUAACUUGGAGGUCAGUACUCCCCUAGGGAAGAAGAGAAAAGAUGAGAAUGAUCCUAGAUCCUGUCAGUGUUUGGUCUUUUGGUCCCUCUUGCACCCCCAACGCCAUUGGGAGACCAGAGGAAAGCAGUCAGUGCCCCUAUAUCCCCAUCCCUGUAACUCCACUUAUGAAAAUUACAUUCCUUCCAGUCCUCUGUCCCCUUUCUGGGGAGCACAGGUUCCACAUUCCACAUGAGUUCUGGGUCCAGGCACUUCAGGAGGGAGGGGCUGAUACCAUAUUCCUGGACAUUUACACUGUUAUAGUUUAUUGGUGAAUAAAACCUGUUCCACAGCC